GUCGUUUCAAGCUUCACUUACGUGCCGUUUAGUAAGCUACAAGGAUCGAUAGACAGAUUUGGCUUUUCAAAACCUCAUCUAUGAUCCAACACAUCACACAGUCACACACACACAUGUUCUGUACUUCUGUUGCACUAAUCCUAUAUUUUAUUAUAAAAAUAAUUUCAUUUUAAUUACUUAUCAUAAACCCGUUAUUUUCUUUCCUACUUCAGAGAAAAAAUUACUCAUAAAUUACAUAGCAGCAACUACCACCAAUUCCCAUCAUCACUCUCAACAACAAGAUGAAGAUAAUGGUAACCAUUAAACGAGUAAUCGAUUACGCCGUCAAAAUCAGAGUCAAACCCGACAAGACAGGGGUAGUAACCCAGAACGUGAAAAUGUCAAUGAACCCAUUUUGUGAGAUUGCCCUAGAAGAAGCCCUUAGAAUUAAGGAAUCUGGUUUGGCUUCAGAGGUUAUAGCUGUUAGCAUGGGACCUUCUCAAAGUAUAGAUACUUUAAGAACUGGUCUUGCCAUGGGAGCUGAUAGAGGGAUUCAUGUGGAGGCUAAUGAUUCUCUUUAUCCUCUUUCUGUUGCUAAGAUUUUGAAGAAACUUGUUGAGAUUGAGAAACCUGGCCUUUUGAUUCUUGGCAAACAGGCCAUUGAUGAUGAUUGCAAUCAAACAGGGCAGAUGAUAGCAGGACUUCUCAACUGGCCACAAGGGACUUUUGCUUCAAAGGUUGUCCUUGAUAAAGAGAAACAGGUGGUCACAGUGGACAGAGAGGUUGACGAUGGUAUCGAGACACUCAGUUUGAACUUACCAGCAGUAAUAACCACUGAUCUGAGACUGAACCAACCAAGGUAUGCUACUCUUCCCAACAUAAUGAAAGCAAAAUCGAAGCCGAUAAAAAAGUACACUCCAGAGGAGUUGAAUGUAGAAAUAAAAUCUGAUUUGGAGAUAGUUGAAGUGACAGAACCUCCUAAGAGAAAAUCAGGUGUUAUUGUUUCUUCUGUGGAUGAGCUUAUUGACAAACUUAAAAAUGAGGCUAAUGUUAUCUGAUUAUUCUCUCUACUUUGUUCAACUGCUUCUCACAAAAGAAUAAACAGCAUUACAUCAAGAUUAUGAUGUAUUAUCAGAUGAAACAAUAAAUUUAA